AUGAACCCGGUUUAUCCUUAACUCACCCCACCAUGUCCUUCUCUCGCCCAUUGCUUGAGCAAGACGUCUGGAGCAAAUCCAGGGAGAGAGAUGAACCUGUCUCCCCCGACUAUAUUGCCCUUCACUACAAAAGAGCGCAGUCAAUCUGUCGACAAAGCGGCCUUUCCGUCGACGAUAUCCGUUACCUGACGAAGAAGUUUUGGGAUUUCCACUUCGACUUGAUUGCUGCCCGUGACCCGACGGCCUUCACCAUUGCUACAAUCCACAUCAAUCUCUGCGUCGGGACCCUCAGCAACUUUGUCGAGACCAGGCCCGAUCUAUCCGGUGUUGUUAAGGGACUGUUGAAUUUUGACAUUUGCGGCGAGUUCAUGCUGACGGAAGUCGGUCAUGGAUUGGACGCACGCAACCUCGAGACUACAGCGACCCUCCAGCCGGAUGGCUCUUUUGAUCUCCAUACUCCAAACGCCGCGGCAGCAAAGGCCAUGCCUCCAACGACACCGAACGCCGGCAUUCCUCGUGUAGCGAUUGUGUUUGCACGGCUAAAGGUUUCGGGAGAAGAUCAUGGGGUCAAGCCCUUUGUCGUGUGGCUGUGCGAUGCAAACCAGAUGAGGCGCGGCAUCACAUCUCGGGCACUGCCGACGCGAUCCGGGACCAACAUGAAGCCCUUGGAUCAUGCCAUCACAACCUUUGACCAUCGAGUCGACUUUCUGAAACAAAUUCAGCGGGUUUCCGUCGGGACACUUGCGCUCUCGAUUGUGGGCAUUCCAGCAAUCAAAUUGGGAACCCGCAUCACUGCCCUUUACAGCCAAAGAAGGCUGGUCGCCGCUCCCCACGGGCGCGGACAUGUGCCAAUCAUGUCCUUCAGCACGCAGCAGCGACCUAUCCUGGAUGGCUGGGUCUACGGAACUGUCCUCGAUUCAUACGCCCGAUGGACAGUGAAGGAGUUCAUGAGUCCUGCCUAUAGCACUCCCGUGCGACAUGCGCUUGGGACACUAUUCAAGGCGACCGUCGCGCGAGCAUCGCGCGUCCUGAAUGAACUCUCGGAGCGAUGCGGUUGGCAGGGGCUUUUUCCUUACAACCAGGUCAACGAGCUGGCUCUCAGUCUCCAGGGCAGCUACAUUGCGGAGGGUGAUAUCCUCGUGUUGUGUAUACGUCUUGCUUCUGAGUUGCUCGGGGACAAGUACAGCCUGCCGGAGCCGCGAGAUCCAUCCACAAAACUGGCACAGCGUGAACGGAUGAUGAUGAAGAGCACCAGAUCCAAAAUUGCCGAGCUGGGCGGUUACGAGGAGCACAGGGGUCAGGACUUCAACCGACACAUCCUCCCGCGUUGCCGGCCCCUGAUCGAGGCAAUCGGCCAUCGUAUGGCUUACGAGGCAGCCAGAGAUUCGGGUGUUUGCCCGAAGAUUGUUUACCUCUUUGAGAUGUUGUGCCUGGCGACGGACCUCAGCUGGUAUAUUUCUGAGGAGCGCACCAUCACGCCGACGUUUCACGACUCCUUGGUCAAAGCAUAUGACGAUGUCUUGCCUGACAUGUUGAAGGCGGUUCAGGAAUCGGAGACAAACGAGUACAUCACUGCUCCUAUUGUGUCGGACAAGUUGUGGACAGAGUUUGUCGGGGGGCUACCGUUGUUCGAAUAUCCCAGCGACGGAAAGGGGGGCUUUCAGCCCACCCUGUAGGCAGUAUUAGUCUCACCAGAUCCUUUAAAUUUCAUUCUGCAUUUGUCGAA